AUGAGAAAUAUCAAAGAAGCACGAUUCCCAAAGCCAAUCAAAUCUGAUCCCAGCCAAAGGGAUCAUAACUUGUGGUGUGAAUAUCAUGGGACUCACGCUCAUAGAACUGGGGAUUAUCAGCAUCUACGGGAAGAAGUAGCGAUGUUAUUGAAGAAUGGCCAUCUCAGGAAAUUUUUAAGUGAUCGAUCCAGGAACAACUACGGCAGAAGCCAGGAUAAUACAGAACCUUCAAAGGUGGAAGAGGAUUCCCCUCGAUUGACUAUCAACAUGAUUUUCGGGGAAAACAAAAUCAACAGUGUGACCUACUCGGAGGCCAAGAAAAUAUCGGUGACUCACAAUAAGAGACUCCGGAAAGUCGUAGAAGAUGAUAUCACCUUCACGGAGGAAGAUGCUGAUGGACUUCUUUUGCCACAUAAUGACGCUCUGGUUCAACCUGACAAGUUUGACAACCCGAGGAGAGAUCCUACUGCCCAUGAACGCCAAAGGGGUAAUUAA